UCUGCGUAUGAGAUAUGGGCCAUCUGAGAUAUGGCCAUCUGAGAUAUGGGCCAUCUGAGACAACGACCCCAUCUGAGAUAUGGGCCCACCCGAGGUUGGAGGGUGCAGGAGAGUACACAUUUGCAACAGGAACGAUCUACAAAGGGCAGUUGAAGGAUGGAAUGUUCCACGGUCAUGGCACACUUCACUUCCCAAAUGGAUGCAAGUGUGAAGCACAAUGGGAAAAUGGUCGUGUUAGUGACAGAGACUACACUUUUACUGAUGGACUAAAAUUCAAAGAGCAUGAUUGGAGUUAUUGCACAACUAAUGACAGGAGAUUCUAUACUGAAAUUUGUACUGGCCUUCAACCAGCAGGCCGUUCCUUGUUGACUGACAAGGCAGUUGCCAUGGAGAUACCUGCUGGUUGCUAUGAUACGGGAGAUGGCUUUUAUAACCAGCAAACUAAAGUGGUCACCAACUACGAUAAUGCUUUCCUGAGAAAUGCGGAUGCAGAUGAGCAAGUAUGGAUUGAAAAGCACUGCAGGAAGGGUUGGGACAAGUUUGUCGGCUUUCAGGACACAGAUACUUGCAUAUAGGAUGGCUUUACAUAACUUGCUCAGUCCUUUAUGUGAGGCAAACUGCAAUGAGGUUUUAUUCAACGUUUUAGAUGUAGACACGCAGUGUUUCCUUAUUUAGAUUUCUUAUUUGUAAUAUGGUCUGGGAAAACUUUUCAUGCAUUACUUGAGGCACACAAAAUAACAAAACCACAAAUGAUGAUGCAGUUUUUUUUUUCGAGAAUUUAUAUAAAUUCAUGACUGACUACUCUGAAAAAUUAUUUUUCAAAUAUUGUUUUGUCAACCAUGGCAAAAAUCAUCAAUUUUUUUUUAAACAAAUAAUUUUCUUAGUGGCUGCUAAUAAUAUUGAGAACAAAGCAAAUGCAGUUCCUGUU